AGUGACGUCGCCGCGAGCUCGGCGGGACCACCCGCCGAGCGCGGAGGGCCCGGGGCCGGGUUCGGGCCCGGGAUGGACCCGGCGGCCGAGCACCGGCAGCAGCUCCGCAGCCUGCGGGACUUCCUGCUGAUCUACAACCGUAUGACCGAGCUCUGCUUCCGCCACUGUGUCUGCAGCCUCGACUACCGCCUGCUCACGGGCCGCGAGGAGUCGUGCCUGGACAGCUGCGCGGCGAGGCUGGUCCGUGCCAACCACCGCCUGAUGGGCGCCUACGUGGGACUGGUGCCGGCGCUGCUGCAGCGCCGCGCAGCCGAGCACGGCGCACCGGCGGGGCCAUCCGGACUCCCGGCCGCCCCUGAGCCGGCCCCGGGCCCCGCGGAGUCCUCGCCAGACGCUCCCGAUGCCGGCAGGUAGCAGCGCCUGGCCACGGCUCCCCACGGCACUCGGACGCGACUGGCACCACCCCUGCCCUGUACCGGCGGGAGCAGCUGCAUCCUUGCUGCAAUGGAGCUCCAUGCUGGAGCAGCACCGGCACUUGGCCCCGGGAGCCCCAAGCAGGAGCUGGGCUAUGCGGGGCACCGGGGAUGGGGGUACAGGAACUAGGGGGAAACCUCCCUAGCCCUCGUGGUUGUGGAUUGCUGGGAAGUGGAUUGUCAGUCCCAAUAAAACAUCUUUACAGUAA